CUCCCACUAUUCCUGCGGACUCUGCCUCGGAGGCACUGGGAGACUCCAGGCUGCGGCGCCCGAGAUGCCCUCUUCGGUGAAGACUCUGGGUCAGUCCAAGUCCCUGGGCUCUGGCAUGGCCUCCAGCACCUGCUGCUGCACCCCAAUGGCUGUGCAGAAGAUGCUGCCCAUCCUGGCCUGGCUGCCUGACUACUCCAUGCAGUGGCUGAAGAUGGACUUCAUCGCUGGCCUCUCAGUCGGGCUCACGGUCAUCCCCCAGGCUCUGGCCUAUGCAGAAGUGGCUGGACUCCCACCCCAGUACGGCCUCUACUCUGCUUUUAUGGGAUGCUUUGUGUAUUUCUUCCUGGGCACCUCCCGGGAUGUGACUCUCGGCCCCACGGCAAUCAUGUCCCUCCUGGUGUCCUUCUACACCUUCCACGAGCCCGCCUAUGCUGUGCUGCUGGCCUUCCUGUCAGGCUGCAUCCAGUUGGCCAUGGGGUUCCUGCGUUUGGGGUUCCUGCUGGACUUCAUCUCCUGCCCCGUCAUCAAGGGCUUCACCUCUGCUGCUACCAUCACCAUUGGCUUUGGGCAGAUCAAGAACCUGCUGGGACUGCAGAACAUCCCCCGGCAGUUUUUCCUGCAGGUGUAUCACACCUUCCUCAAUAUCGGGGAGACCAGGGUGGGCGACGCCGUUCUGGGGCUGGUGUGUAUGGUGCUGCUGCUUGUGCUGAAGCUGAUGCGAGACCAUGUGCCUCCUGUCCACCCCGAGAUGCCCCCUGGCGUACGGCUCAGCCACGGGCUGGUGUGGACUGCCACGACAGCUCGCAAUGCCUUGGUGGUCUCCUUUGCGGCCCUGGUUGCAUACUCCUUCGAGGUGACAGGAUACCAGCCUUUCAUCCUAACUGGGGAGACGGCCAAGGGGCUCCCUCCGGUGCGGCUCCCUCCCUUCUCAGUGACCACCGCCAACGGAACUGUCUCAUUCACCGAGAUGGUGCAGGACAUGGGGGCCGGGCUGGCUGUGGUGGCCCUGAUGGGCCUCCUGGAGAGCAUUGCUGUGGCCAAGGCCUUUGCUUCUCAGAAUAAUUACCGCAUUGACACCAACCAGGAGCUGCUGGCCAUCGGCCUCACCAACGUGCUGGGCUCCCUCGUCUCAUCCUACCCAGUCACAGGCAGCUUUGGGCGGACAGCCGUGAAUGCGCAGUCGGGGGUGUGCACCCCAGGGGGACUGGUGACUGGUGUGCUGGUGUUGCUGUCACUGAACUACCUGACCUCACUCUUCUACUACAUCCCCAAGUCAGCACUGGCCGCCGUCAUCAUCAUGGCUGUGGCCCCCCUGUUCGACACCAAGAUCUUCGGGACGCUCUGGCGCAUAAAGAGGCUGGACCUGCUGCCCCUCUGUGUGACGUUCCUGCUGUGCUUCUGGGAGGUCCAGUAUGGCAUCCUGGCUGGGGCGCUGGUGUCUGUGCUCAUCCUUCUGCACUCCGUGGCCAGGCCCAAGACCCAGGUGUCCGAGGGGCCGGUUCUUGUCCUGCAGCCAGCCAGCGGCAUGCAUUUCCCUGCAAUUGAGGCCCUGCGUGAGGCGAUUCUGAGCAGGGCUCUGGAGGUGUCCCCGCCACGCUGUGCAGUUCUGGAGUGCACCCAUGUCUGCAGCAUCGACUACACCGUUGUGCUGGGGCUUGGUGAGCUGCUGGAGGACUUCCACAAGCACGGCGUUGCCCUGGCCUUCGUAGGCCUGCAGGUGCCUGUGCUCCGUGCACUGCUGGCCGCUGACCUGAAGGGGUUCCAGUAUUUCUGUACCCUGGAGGAGGCAGAGAAAUACCUGAGGCAAGACCCAACGACCCAGGCCUACAACGUCCGUGAAGACUCUGUUCCCGAGCACAAGGUCGCCCUGUUAAAGGCCUAACCAGGCCAUUGUUGGGCGGCUGGUGUGGGAAGGACCUCCCAGAAGGUUCCCAUCACUGUGAUUUGAUGUCCAAUGUUGCCAGAUAGACCUGUUGUUCUGAUGGGGCUGAGAAAAGGCUGCACAGGUGACCCCCGGGAGGAGCAGGGAGCCAUGUAGGGAUCUCCAGGUGGGAUUGUGGUGUCCUUUCAGGAUGAUUGAAAAGUCACCUCCCUGCUCUCUCCUGGGUGUGGAUCUUUCAGGGGGAAUGGCUUGUAGAAAGCCUUCCAGAAUGACAGGCCAGGUGAGACAGGAAGGAGCAGGGUGUCCAGCGGGGCUGGGAGAGGCUCCCCAGGCCCCCAGCACCUUCCUGAAUUGGAUUCUGAGUUCCACCUUCAAGCCAGGCCCAGCCGGGAAAGAGCAGGGGAAGAUGGGCAUCUCAGAGACAUACCUGAUCUCAAUGUGGCCUCCCAGCUGUGGCCGGAAAGACAACCAAGGUGUGCCAAGUGAUUUCAGGCCUAUUGAAAAGUAAUUUUGUG